GCUUAUUCUCGUGGGAUUUUUAUGGAUGCGGCAUUCAGCCUCUUGAAAGAUAUGUGGGUUCUUGGCUUUGAGCCAAGUUCGCCCACAUUUGUUUCAAUUUUGUCAGGUUGUUCGGAUUCAGAUUCAGAUUCCUUUAGCUUUUGGUGGCAAGGGAUGUCGAUACAUUGUUGCUUGAUCAAACUUGGACUUGUGUAUUCUCAAGUUACUUUGGCCAAUGCGUUAAUGGGAAUGUAUGUUCACUUUAGCCAAAUGGAGGAAGCGAGGAAGGUUUUUGAUUUGAUGGAUGAAAAAUUAAUAAUUUCUUGGACAACUAUUAUGGGAGGUUAUGUGAAAGUUGGCCAUGUUGCGGAAGCAUAUAAUUUAUUCAAUCAAAUGCAGCAUCAAAGAUAUGCCCAUUCGGAUCACCCAUUGGAGGCAUUGCAUUUGUUUAGAAGGCUUGUACGGACAGAUUUUAGACCAGAUGGACCAACCGUUGCUACUGUUAUAUCAGCUUGUGCUGAUAUAGGAUCAAUUAGCAUAGCACAAGAGAUGGAACAUUAUAUUUCUCUAAAUGGAUUGGAAUUCGAUCUACAAGUCCAAACAUCUCUCAUACACUUGUACUCCAAGUGUGGAAGCAUCAAGAAAGCUCAAGAAGUAUUUCAAAAAGUGGCAGAUAAAGAUUUAACUGUUUGGUCUUCCAUGAUAAAUAGCUAUGCUAUUCAUGGGAUGGGGAAAGAAGCGAUUGACCUAUUUCGCAAAAUGACAACUACAGAAGGGAUAAUUCCAGAUGCUAUUGUUUACACCAGUGUUUUGCUUGCUUGUAGCCAUGCAGGGUUAGUAGAAGAUGGAUUGAAGUGCUUCAUAAGUAUGCAGAAAGAUUUUGGAAUAACUCCUAAGAUAGAAGAUUGCACUUGCUUGGUAGAUCUUCUUGGUCGAGUUGGCCGGCUUGACUUAGCAUUAGAUACGAUUCAGGGGAUGCCCUUGGAAGCACAAGUGCAAGCUUGGGCUCCCUUGCUCAGUGCUUGUAGGAUCCAUGGUAAUGUUGAGCUUGGGGAGAUUGCUGCUGUCAAGUUACUAGAGCUUAGUCUUGGAAGCUCUGGAAAUUAUGUAUUGAUGGCUAAUUUGUACACCUCAUUCGGCAAGUGGAAGGAGGCUCAUGAAAUGAGAAAAUUGAUAGAUGGUAAAGGACUGGUUAAAGAAUGUGGGUGGAGCCAGGUUGAGAUCGGUGGUAGAUUUCAUACAUUUGCAGCAGGAAAUCCGUCACGUGUUCAGUUGGCCAAUAUCUAUAAGAUGCUAGAAGAUCUAAAUUUUACUCUUCAAGAAGGUAGCUGUGCAGGACAAGCUGUAACAAUGAAUAAUGACCCAUAAAAAAUAACCACCUUUGAAGACAUGAGGCUAUACAACAAAAACUUUUGCUUCUGGUCAUGUCAAUUUGUAAUCUUGCAUUUACAAGAUUAUGCCAAUUUCAAGUGAUUCUUACCCUACUACAGGAUUUGUCUCUGUCUCAUAGAACAGAUGUUAUUUCAUUUUCUCCAAAUGAAGAGACCAAGGAAGCACUGAAAAUAGUACGAGACUUCACCAUCAAUAAUAAUGAUGCUUCAGUGUUCUUGGAUGCUCAACAUUGCUGCAUCAUGAAAACCAGCUUAGAUUAUCUCUCCAGUUUGUCUGCUAAUGAUGGUUUAUCAGGAGCAAUGAGAGCAUUGAUAUCUGAAACUUCAAUUGUGUUUUGCACAUUGUAGUAGUAGGCUAGUAGCUACAUUGAAGCAAAUAUGAAAGUUGAGUCCACUGCUUCAGAACUGUCGAGAGCUGAUAACUUAAAAUCUGAUCUUGAAAAAUAACAAGAGUCAGUUCAGUGAUAUGGAAAGAGGACUUCAAAAAACAAAUCAGAACUAUUAAUGCUGACAUCAUGGCUUCUCGAAAAGAACAGAACACAACUCAAAUGAGAAAGAGAGAUAUCUAUGUGGAAGGAAAGGCACUCAAAGCUCGAAUGGACGUGGCGAAGGAGAAAGUACCACAUUUGCAACAUGAGCAUGACUUGGCAAAGGAAAACCAGGAAAAGAUCAAAGCUGAAUGGUCAGAGUUCGGAGAAAAAUUUAAAAAGAUUGUUGUAAAGUCAGCUGUACAAGAUUACCAAUAUUGUUGUAAAGUCAGCUGUACAAC